AGGAGAAUAUAGUUCAGUGGUAACAUCUCUGAAGGGGAAGUGUUCUUUCUGCAAAACCAAAGUGUGUGUUCUGAAAAUGGAGAGGCACAGUCGUACCCGGGAGCUCUUAAUAUAUAUAUAUUUUUUUUCUUUGGGUCAAUUAUUUUGUGCUGAGGUUGUUCCUGUUCAGACUGGGGGAAAUUACACUUUUAAGUCUUUCACAUCAGGAACACCUCAGACCAUUCUGUGGAAAUUUAAAAAGUACAAAGCAGUUGAGUAUGAAAGUGAUGGGUUUACUUGGUAUAGAUUUGAAGGUCGAGCAGAUCUUAAUAUUAAAACUGGAGACUUCACAAUUAACCAGCUGAGUAAAGAGGACAGUGGUCUGUAUGAGUCUGAAAUCCAAGUGGAUGGAAAACUACAGUAUUCUGACCAUGAGAUUAAAGUGAUUGAUGCAGUUCCAGUACCAAACGUGACCUGUCAUGCAAAUAGUACAGUAGCGACACUCCUGUGUUCAGUGGGCUCUUCAGUUCAGGCCGAGCUUAUAUGGAGUGGCCCAAAUGGAUUCAAAGAAACAGGAGAGAGAAUCAGCGUCUCCUUCAAAGAAAAAUCAGUCUACUACUGCACCGCACAAAAUGAAGUGAGCAAGAAGAGCACAGAGUUCUCUCUGCAGAAAUGUCUCACAGGUGGAGUUAGUCCUGUCAUUGCCAUGUCUCUUACAGUUUCCUUCAUUGCUGUUCUGAUCGCUGCUCUUCUAGCUCUGCUCUACUACAGUUGCUGGACUGGGAACACAGAACUGGAUAUGACCUUCACCACAGUAGAAUAUACAUGCUGAAGCAAACAGUCUGAGAAUAUAAUGUGUCAACAACAUAUCAGAAAACACUUCUCACUGUAAACAACACACAUUCUAACCAGUUUCACAGCGAAUGUUACAUUUUAAACACACAGUCUGCUGUUAACAUCAUUUCCUAAUUGAGAAUGGUAUGUCUAAAGGACUCAGU